CAAUUUCAAUUUCGUGUUACAGAGAAAUCAAUCGAUAAUCGGGCAGAGAUGAAGGAGGUGUGGACAACAAUGGCGUCGAUGAUGGGAGUGUGGGCCUUCUGCCAGAGCCUCCUCCACACCGUCUUCCCGCCGGAGCUCCGUUACGGCGUCCUCAAAGUCUUCCACCGCCUCUUCACCUACUUCUCCGCCUACUGCUACUACGACAUAACGGAGAUUGACGGCGUCAACACCAACGAGCUCUACAACGCCGUCCAGCUCUACCUCAGCUCCUCCGCCUCCUCCUCCUCCGGCACGCGCCUCACCCUCACGCGCGCCCUCAACUCCUCCUCCAUCACCUUCGGCCUCUCCAACAACGACCGCCUCCUCGACUGCUUCGCCGGCGCCGCCGUCGAGUGGCAGCACGUCGUCACGCAGCGGCAAGCUCAGACAUUUUCAUGGCGGCCGCUGCCGGAGGAGAAGAGAGGAUUCACUCUCCGCGUCAGGAAAAAGCACAAACACCUCGUCCUCAACUCCUACCUCGAUUACAUCAUGGAGAAGGCCACGGAACUCCGCCGGAAAAACCAGGACCGGCUGCUCUACACGAAUUCCCGCGGCGGAUCGCUCGAUUCGAGAGGGCAUCCAUGGGAGUCCGUACCGUUCAAGCAUCCGAGCACCUUCGAAACCCUAGCCAUGGAUCCUGUUAAGAAGAAGGAGAUCAUGGAGGACCUUGAGGAUUUCGCUAAUGGCGAAUCGUUUUACCGGAAAACCGGCCGCGCCUGGAAGAGAGGGUAUUUGCUGUACGGACCGCCGGGGACCGGAAAAUCGAGUAUGAUCGCCGCCAUGGCGAAUUUUCUUAAGUACGAUAUUUAUGAUCUCGAAUUGACGGAGGUGAAUACGAAUACUGAAUUGAGGAAAUUGUUGAUGAAGACGAGUUCGAAGUCGAUAAUUGUGAUUGAGGACAUUGAUUGUUCGAUUAAUUUGGCUAAUCGGAGUAGAACUUCCGGCAAUGGCGGCGGGAGCAGGAGUCCGCGGCGGAGCCGCGGAGAGUCCACGGCGGCGACAGCGACGGCGGCGGAGGAAGGGGUGAAUACGAUUACGCUUUCCGGGCUGCUGAAUUUCACCGACGGGCUGUGGUCGUGCUGCGGCAGCGAAAGGAUCUUCGUCUUCACGACGAAUCAUAUAGAAAAGCUCGAUCCGGCAUUGCUGAGGAGCGGGAGAAUGGAUAUGCACAUUCAUAUGAGUUAUUGUUCGUGUCCGGCGCUGAAGAUUCUUCUGCGGAAUUAUUUGGGGGUGGAGGCGGAUUCCGAUUUGUCGGCGGCGGCGAUGGGGGAGCUCGAGGCGGCGAUCGCGGCGGUGGAGAUGACUCCGGCGGACAUCAGCGAGGUGCUGAUAAAAAACCGCCGCGAUCGCCGCCGGGCGGUGGCGGAAUUGCUGGAGGCUCUGAAAUUGAAGGCGGAGAGGAAAUCGGCGGAGCAGAUCGGAGAAGAUGAGGAGCAGGAAAAGAGGGCAUUGGAGGAAGGGUUUGAUCAGUUGCAGGGAAACCGCGGGGAAGACGAUGAUGAAGACGACAAGAUGCAUUGAUCCUGGCCGUUGAUUGGGAACCGUACCGAAUCGAAGGUGGAGAAUUGGCUUCGGUUGUGAGAGAGGGAGGAGGCAUUAAAUUAAUUAACUAAACUAGAAGAUUCUUAAAAAAAAAAAAAAAAGAAAAUCAGAAAUUAAUGUGUGAGAAUUAAUUUUGUUUUCAAGAUCCAAUUUUGAAUAUGCAAUGAAUUGUGCUGUUAAUUUUGUGCCA